CGGAGCUUGGCAACGGCUCUCGUGGCGGUGCCAGGUGUGUUCAAACCUGUAGCCGACCAACGCUCGCAGAUGUCGCUCAGCUUAGUCACCAUGGGCUGGAUCUCAACCGCCUAAACCCCGCCGACCGGUGAUCUCUGGCGCACGUCUAUUUCCAGCCUGGCCCACAGGUAUGAGGGAUUUCUCGUUGACACACUGCAUUACAGCGAGAGACAGACACUCCACAGUCUACCGCCGAGUGCAAAUACUCUCUGUUUACAGUUGGUUCUGACUACUUGACGUCGGGAGGCUCCUCCGGGGACCAAGAAAAGCGCGGACGUGGUUCCAGAGAAGCGAUGGAGAGCGUGACACCUGAACUGGGUUCUUUUUAACGGUCUCGCCGCUAUCAACUCUCCUCUUUUACGCACACGGAGCGCUUGGAAUUAUCCCAACCCAGGCAGCUGUGUGCGCACACCGGAGCACUAACCCGCGGAAUAACAAACCUCAGCGGCGGAUUCACGGGCUCACAACCAGCCUGAGAAAUGUCAUGAUGAUGAAAUCCCCAGCAGCAUGUCGGGAGAAUACCUCAGGAGGGUCGAUUAGGCCGCUUCACUUCCAGUUCAUUUAACAACAGCAAGACGAAGCGACUGGAACCAGUUAUUAAAAAUAAAAAAAUUAAUUAAAUAAAUAAAUAAUAAUAAUAAUAAUAAUAAUAAUAAUAAUAAUAAUAAUAAAAAGGGAGUAACCAUGUCCAGAACGCUGAAGAAGAAGAAACACUGGUCCAGUAAAGUGGUGGAGUGCGCGGUGUCAUGGGGGAGCCUGGGGGACUUUGGCUCCAUGGUGGAGGUCCUGGGGGGAGCGGAGCUGGGACAGUUCCCCCACCUGGGCCAGAUGAAGCUGGACGUGCUGGUGUGCCACGUCGGGAAGCUGCCCUACUACGGCGACGUCCUGCUGGAGGUGAACGGGACGCCCGUGAGUGGACUUACAAACCGUGACACCCUGGCUGUCAUACGCCACUUUCGGGAGCCGAUUCGCUUGAAGACGGUGAAACCAGGAAAAGUAUUGAACACGGACCUGCGCCACUACCUCAGCCUGCAGUUUCAGAAGGGCUCGCUGGACCACAAGCUCCAACAAAUCAUACGGGACAACCUCUACCUACGCACCAUCCCCUGCACCACACGGCUGCCUCGAGACACGGAGGUGCCAGGAGUGGACUACAACUUUAUCAGUGUUGGAGACUUCAGGAUCCUGGAGGAGAGUGGACUUCUACUGGAGAGUGGGACCUAUGAUGGUAACUACUAUGGGACCCCGAAGCCUCCGGCCGAGCCCAACCUGGUGCAGCCUGACCUGGUGGAUCAGGUGCUGUUUGAUGAAGACUACGGUGGUGAGGUCCCCAGGAAACGCACCACCUCGGUCAGUAAGAUGGACAGGAAGGACAGCGCAGUCCCUGAGGAGGAAGAUGAUGAUGAGAGGCCACCGCUGGUCAAUGGAUUGCCUGAUCACAAAGAGGGGGCAGACUGGAGAAAAGCAGUGCCCAGCUACACCCAGUCCAGCAGCACCAUGGACUUCCGCACAUGGAGCUCUCUUCCCCGCGAUGAUAGCCUGGAGCCCCUGCCCCUCAACUGGGAGAUGGCUUACACUGAGACCGGCAUGGUCUACUUUAUAGACCAUAACACUAAGACGACUACGUGGUUGGACCCCCGCUUGGCGAAGAAGGCAAAGCCCCCUGAGAAGUGUGAGGAUGGAGAGUUACCUUACGGCUGGGAGGAAAUUGACGAUCCACAGUACGGCACAUAUUAUGUUGACCACAUCAACCAGAAAACCCAGUUUGAGAACCCGGUCCUGGAGGCAAAGAAGAAGCUGAGCCAGGAGACGGCUGCGAUACAACAAGCCACAGCAGCACCUUCCCAAGGUAAGAGAGGUGUGUUUGGCUUCACUUCAGACCCCAGUGAACUAAAUGGCGAGAUGUACCACACGGCACUGAAAAAGAGCUCCCAGGGAUUUGGAUUCACCAUCAUCGGAGGUGACCGCACAGACGAGUUUCUCCAAGUGAAAAACGUGCUCAGCGACGGCCCUGCUGCCCACGACAACAAGAUGGCAUCUGGUGAUGUGAUUGUUGAGAUUAACGGGAUGUCUGUGUUGGGGAAAACCCAUCCAGAAGUGGUGCAGAUGUUCCAAUCCAUUCCCAUCAACCAGUAUGUGGACAUGGUUCUUUGCCGUGGCUACCCGCUUCCUCCAGAUGUGGAUCUAGACAGCGACGACCCACUUCCACCUCCUCCACCCCCACCGGCCACCCAGCCCCAGCAGGCCCUGCAUGGUGGGGAAGUGGUGACAGCCGUGCCCCUCAUCAACGGACAGCCGCUGCUGGUGAAAGGCGACGUCCUCCACGGCUCCUCUCAGGAGCUCCACUAUGUCACUACGGAUGCCAGCGGCCGGCCCGUUGUGGCGGCCUUGCCCAAUGGGAGGCAGGGGGAGCGCGGAGAGGCGCCAACAGGGAUGCUGCAGCCGGAGCUUGUAAGCGUGCCGUUGGUCAAGGGGCCUGGAGGAUUCGGAUUUGCCAUUGCUGACUGCCCGCUGGGCCAGAAGGUGAAGAUGAUCCUGGAUGCCCAGUGGUGCCAUGGCCUGCAGAAAGGAGAUGUCAUUAAGGAAAUCAACAGGCAAAAUGUCCAAACGCUGAGCCACGCCCAAGUGGUGGACAUUCUCAAAGACCUACCAGUGGGCAGCGAGGUCAACGUGCUGGUGCUGCGAGGAGGUCAAACAUCACCUGUGAAGACACUGAAGCCUAAACAGGAAAUGACAGCCAGCACAGAGACUUUGGACGGUAUCGUAGACUCAGCCCCCCAUGCCCUGCCUUACCACUCCAACACGAGCACCCUGCGCUCCGCCAACUCCCCCAAACGAGAGGCCACAGAGAUGUACCUAAAGUCCAAAGCCCUGCUGGAGAGCAGACAGCCUCAUACCAAAGACAUAGAUGUUUUUCUAAAGAGAGACAUUGAAACAGGCUUUGGCUUCCGUGUUCUGGGAGGAGAAGGUCCACAACAGCCAAAUGUUUUCCCCCAGGUGUACAUUGGGGCCAUUGUGCCCAACGGAGCAGCGGAGAAGGACGGUCGUCUGAGAGCGGGAGAUGAGCUCAUUGGAAUCGAUGGUGUGAUGGUGAAAGGUCGUUCGCACAAGCAGGUGCUGGAUCUAAUGACCAACGCUGCGCGUAAUGGUCAAGUGAUGUUGACUAUACGCAGGAAGGUCAUCUACAGAGAUGCGACCGAGGAAGAGGCUCAGGAAAUGGCUCCAGUGCUGGUGAACGGUUCUCCCAAGCUACCUCGCCUACCAAUGCCCUGCGCUCUGGAUCAUGAGUCUUUUGACAUCACACUCCACCGCAAAGACUCUGAGGGCUUUGGCUUUGUCAUCCUCACCUCAAAGAGUAAACCGCCGCAUGGAGUUAUUCCACACAAAAUUGGCCGAAUCAUUGAAGGCAGUCCCACUGACCGCUGCGGCUUGCUGCACGUCGGAGAUCGUAUCUCAGCGGUCAACGGGCGCUCUAUCAUUGAGCUCUCUCACAAUGACAUUGUUCUGCUUAUCAAGGAAGCCGGCAAUGUUGUCACCCUCACUGUGGUUCCUGAGGACGAAUACAAGGGCCCUCCAUCUGGAGCCAGUUCAGCUAAACAGAGUCCAGCUCUCCAGCACAGAGCCAUGGGGCAGCGGUCAGCACUACAGGAUGAACGUUACAACCUGGACCUUGAGGAGAAAAGGGAGAUAGUCAACUGGUCUGACCACAAAACCCUUCCACUUUGUGAGCAGGGAACGCUGUGUGUGACAGGACCCAACCAGGGUUGUCUGACAGUGGAGUUAGAGAGGGGUCCCAGGGGCUUUGGCUUUAGCCUGCGAGGGGGAACAGAGUACAACAUGGGCCUAUACAUCCUGAGACUGGCUGAGGAUGGACCUGCUCAGCUGGACGGAAGGAUCCAUGUUGGAGAUGAGAUAGUGGAGAUUAACGGGGAGCCGGCACGCGGCAUUUCCCAUACACGAGCUAUUGAAGUGAUCCAGGCUGGAGGAAGCAAAGUGGUCCUGCUCCUGAGACCUGGGGCGGGCCUGGCUCAAGAUGGCGGUCAACAUGAUCAAAAACUCAUUUCACCCACAAGCUAUUCCGAAGAGGUGUUUUACUCUGACACAUCACCCCUGACCUCUCCAUAUCCCAGCGGGGCUUCCAUCUCUGUUUCCUCUCCCUUCUCCAGCAAACUGAGACAUUCCCACAGCUGUAGCAGCAUCUCCCAACAUGGCCUCAAGCCCCGCAGAAGCAGGGGUUUACGUUCAGUGGAGGAGAGCGGUGAGUGGGCAGACCAAGAGCUAGAUAGGCUCUCUCCAGCCUCCUCUGAGCAAAUGAACUUCUACAAGAGGACCAGGCCCACAAAAGACUCCAGAGAGCUAAGCAGCCCAAAGAAAACAGGGGAGACAUUUCCUAAAGCCAAAGAGCAACAUCACGGUCCCAAAAAGGCUGAGAGUCAGGCACAGAAAGAAAGACUGAGCAGGGACAGGAUGUCUCAGACACAGGCAAAAACACGAUCCGCAAGCCCAAGGAAGUCUGCUCAAGCUGGACAGCGAGCGGCUUCGACCCUGCAGCGUGCAGAGCAUCAACAAGGUCCUCAGACGAGAUUAAAAGACACUUCCAGCAGAGAGAGCUCGGAUCAGGAAAAGAAAAACGGCAAAGGGGGGAAUGUUGAGAUCAGAAAAUACUCACAAAGGCGGGAGAUGGAAGGGAGAGGAGAAAGGACCAGGCCUGGCCGUGAGCAACACAGUUUCAAAAGAAGGGUGGCAGGAGAAUCUCACCACGGAAGGACACCUGCUCAUACAGUCAGAGACGGCGAGAAAGGGACAGGUAAAGACUCAGGGCCGAAAGAAGCUAAUGGUAAGUAUAAAUCCACAGAAGACAGGAAUACCAGUAAAGAAACCGUCAACAAAAGAGCGUCACUGUUGUCGCUUAAAGACAUGUGGAGUAGAAAAGGUUCUGUGGUUUCACCAAGAGAGGAGAAAGAAAUAGAGGAUGCAUUGUCUUACUCCAAAGAAGUCGGUAGUAAAGAAGACUUUGUGGCCUCUAUAAACGGUUCUCUGGGGACCCCUCAGAGCCCAAAGGGACCUAUUAACCCUGGCCCUUGGAAAAUGCCCAGCUAUGCCAGAAUCCUCUCCAAGGCAGAGGUCCUUCGUGACCCUUUGUGAAAGGACAUCACCCAGACUUGAGAAUACUCAACAGUCGAUCAGUAGUUUUUUUCUGAGUUCUUCCAUAAAAACAGAGAGGUAAUAAAGUGCAACAUUAUUACCUUUGAACCAUUUCCAGAUUCAUCUUUGUUUGGGAGUCCUGUGACAUCACGUGUUGGCAUGUAGCAGCUCCCCUUUUGCCUUGUCCGCUGCUUCAGCAUCUCUGAUGUGGGACUCAAGCAUGUGCGGUAUGCUCGGAGCAUUGCCAGACCAGACAUUUUGAAAUGCGAAUAUGUGCCAAUUCUGGGAGCCACCUGUGGAACGAUGACUACCAACAGCGCUUCACCCAUUACAAUGCAAUGACCCAUAUGCAAAGAAAGGAGAUAGGCCCUCGCCUCUCCCGCUGUAGUAUACACCAAGUGUGACUGUCAUCUAGGGUUUCAUUUUGCUCCCGGCCUCAUUGUGGGACAUUUUGACUAUUUUGGAUUUUUCUUCAACGUUUGCUCAACUGCAUGCAGUCCCUUCUGUUUGUUUUACUGCACGUGUUCUGCACAUCACUGACGAUGAUCCUGUUUAUAGUUCUCACUCUCAACACCAGGCAGAUUUCUAAUACAAUCCAGCAAGCAUUCACUUUACCGGGGACUCUAGACUGUUCUAUGAUUCUAGACAUGACUCUCCUCAAUAUGAACAGUAUCAUUAAAAAGACCAGAAACUUGUGGUUUGAGAUCUUGUUUACCAUGUGUGUGAUAACCAAGCAGUGUGUCAUUUAUUGAGAUGAUAGAAUAAUAUGUGUAUAUGUAGCUGUACCAAGCCAUUCCACAUUUUGAUAUAGACUUGUCCCAUGUUAUUUGAACGUUCACCAUCCCUCUGAUGUACUUCAGUGGUAGCAAUUACCAUGGAUCUUGUAGUUCAUGAAAUGUAUAGGAAACGUGCAAACCGCUGUACCAAAUGUUUGCAAUCGCUCAAAACGUGUCUCAUUGUGAAAUAUAAUAUAUCAAUAUAUUUGAAUGUGUCAUGUUUUGCAGAUUCUAACUUUUAAAUAUCUAUUGAAUUCCAUUGCACUGCAUCUGCCCGUGUAGCAUAACAGAAUGACCAUGAGAUUUAUAUUUAAUUUGGGAUGUUGACUUGCUGCCAAUGCCAUUUUAUUAUUAUCCUUGUUUUCUAAAGCUAUUUCAGUUUUUCUAAAAAGUUCACUGUUGAAGGCAGAAAAGGGCAAUUUUGAUAAAAAUUUGCAAGUUCAGAGUCAUGUCCCUUAUGGUUUUCCCUAUGCCUACUCAGAAAUGAAAAAUGGGGGUUUUAAAUGUAUGUAUUUGUCAGUCCUGCUAUAUAAUUAUCUGACAUGGCUAAUGGAGCUUAGAGAGCAAUGUGAUGGGUUACUGAGAUAUUAAGCAUGCAUACUGAUGUAAUACAUACAGAGAGCCCACCUAUUACAUAAUUGAAGGGUUGUUGGGCUGAUGAGAUGAACAAUUGAUUCCAAGCGUAGGGUCAGUUACAAUGAGACAUUUUACCCAGGACUUGUACUACCUGGGGACCAAAGUGUAAUAACUACAGAGAUCAUCUGUGAUCUUAAUCCUCUGCCAUGUCUGUAAUUUGUCAAGUCAAAAUUCUACUGCAAAUUACCUGCCACAUUUCGUCAAAAAGUGGUUGUGUGAUAAUAUAAGUCCCAUUGGAAUCAGCAUCUCUGUGACUUGGGGUCGUAUUGGCUGUGUUGUCAUUGUAAAUUAAUGUUUUGACAGAGCCUUGACAUUGUAUCCGUAACGUCAGUAAAUUUGAUUAAAAUACACACACUUUUGCUUAUCCCCUGGUAACACUAGUCCCGUGCGAAUAGGGCUUGUCGAAUUUCACUGUCGCUCAACUGAGUGUUUGAAGCUUCUGCUGUGAAGUCAGAGAAAAAGGAAAUAUACUCAGCAUACCUGCUAAUACAGUUUAUGAGAUUGAGACAUAUUCCGAUGAGCUCAGGGAACACAGUAAAGUAGCAAACCUGUGAUAAAGUCAAUGUGAGUGAUAGUCAAAUGAUGGUUAAGGUCUGUGAUUGGUUAAGGGGGUUUUCAGGUUAAAGAAUGGCUUGAGGACGCGCUAUGAGCCAGUCAGUGGUGGGUUAUUGUGCAAUAGUUUGGUUGGUUGAAUGAGUAAAUCAGGUACCGGGAGUUCACUCUGGUGGGUCGGGUAAUGCCCUUUUUUAUUGUAUGUCCUCUGCACUGUUGUACUUCUUUAUGCUUAUGUUUUGACCUUUUUUUUUUUUUUCUUUAAUCUCAUCUCUGUAUCAUACUGUGGCCUUGCAUCGCUUCAUUAGAAAAACAAUCCUUGUGGUAUCUUCUACAUUCUGUAGGAACAGUAGAUGUAAAUGUUUGUACAUUGUACAGCACCUUUAUACAUACUUGCUGAGUGCUCUUUGGGGGAUGGGGGGGGAGGGGGCAGGGCAAAUAGAGGUAUAUUAAAUUGCUCCAUUAUUUUUUUAUGUAAAAAAAAACAGAGAAAAUAUUUAAAGAUGAGUUGAAAAAGGAUAGACUAUGACCUUGACAUGGUGUUCUGUUCAUGCACUGAAAAAAUAAAGUUUUACUGAAAAA